GAUAGCCUGGUGGUGAGGUGGACGGCUGAGAUCGCUUAAGGAGCACUUCGUUUUCUCCUCAUCGAUCUCUCCAGCCUCUCCGCCGCGCGCCGCCGCCACCGCCACCGCCGCCGCCGCCGACGACGAGUCCCUCUUCCCUUCCUCUCCUGUCUCCUCGCCAGCCUUCCUACUGGCCACACGGCCUCGACGGUCUCCUCUAAGGAUGGAGGGAGAGGAUGAAGAGAGGCAGCAUUCUGCGGGGAUUCGCGGCUGCGCAGGUGUGGCAGCAGCGGGCGGGCUUGAGCGAGACGAGGGAAAGCGGGGAGGUGGGGGGGGGGCACCGUCGGAUGGGAAGAUCGAGAAGCUGAGCGCGGAGGAGCGAGUCGCCGCAGUCCUUCACCACCUGGUCGGCGCCGUCGAUGGACAGGUGGACAUUCACUGCUUCCCGAUGGGGUACCUACCAACCCGUCUCGAGGUCGGCAUCCCGGCGGCCCGGUCACCCCUCAGCACGCCGGCAGACUGAGCGGUUGAGAUAUAUUCACACUAUCAUUUGGAGCUCCCUGCUUUAUUAGAUGGCCAGCAUGCUCAUGUUGGGUUCCCCCCUGGACAACAGCUGCAAUAGUUAUCAAUGGUAAACAAUAUAUACUUCCUGUGAUUUAUUGCUUGAAGUCCCUACAGAUGGAAUGUCAUUUGUAGCAAGAAAACUAUAUGAAUAUGAGAGGAUGAUAUCAAGUCCCUUAGGUGCCUUAUAUGAGAUCUCAAAGAAUUUGAUGGAUAUUAGAUUUUUUUAAUGGAAAGGGUAUUAGAUUUAAGGGUGGAGAUUUGUCUCUUGAAACUGCAAAACUUAUGAUCCUAUUUGAUGAAAGUGGAACUCCGUGCAAUAGUUAUUGCUAUUAGAGGAAUGAUGAUUGUUUCAUUGUUGAGGAGUUAAUGUUGUCGGCAAUUUUGUCAGCUGCAGAAGUUAUAUCCAGCGCAUUCCCAAAUUGGUGCAUUACUCGGUAGGCACCCCGAGCCUAAUUUAUGUAGGUCUCGAGAGUUUGAGGCGUUUGUGCCAAAAAUGGCUUUGAAUUGGAUAGUUCAUCAUCUGGUCAACUUCACCUUUCACUUUCCAGAAUGAAGGAGAAGUUAAAAGAUGAUCCUGUUUUGUUUAAUAUUAUCAUGUUUUAUGCUUCAAAGCAAAAGCGGCCAGCAUAAUUUUUUUUUGCACAGCAGACAUGAUAAGCAGGAGGGAUGAUUGGACUCACUAGUCACCAUGCAUUAUCUGUCCCUCUAUGUACACAUUUCACAUCACCACUUUGAAUAUAUCCUGAUAUAAUUGUUCACAGAACACUGAAAUGCAGUAAUUGAGGCUGAAAGAUGUAUCUGAAACAAAGGAGAUCUCUCUUAGGCCAAAACGAAUUCAACAUUGCACCUUGUGAGAUUAUACGUGGAUGCUUUACAUGCCUCCAAUUUAGUAAGGAUGCUGCUGAAUCCAAAGAAAGGAGCGAAGCAUUGUCUGCUGCAGCUAAGAAGUUUAAGCUCCCUUCCUCUGAAAAUCUUGGAGAGAUUGCUGAACAUUGCAACGAAAGAAAGUGCGCCGGCCAUUGUGCAGAAGAAGCUGGUCAGAAGCUCUACAUGUGGACACUUAUAAAGAGGAAAGAGCUCCUUGUUGCCGAUGCUAUAGUUCUGGGGCUCAGAACAAAGUUCAUGUACGUUUAUGUGCCCAAACUAACGAUGGAACGGAGGAUACAUUAUGAUGAAGUUGAGAGCCUAUCUAUUGAGUGCUUGGAAGCCACUGGAAUGUUGGUGCUUGAAGCAUGCAGGAACAGGCCUCCUCAAAGGAGGGGAAAUCAAGUGAACUGGUGAAGUAUAGAGCUUUUGAGGAAGUCAUCAUGGUGAUGAACCCAUGAAGUUGCUUUGGUGGUUAUUUGGUUAACCCGUCCGAAUUGAUGUUAUCUGAAGAAAAUGAGAAAUCUGGAGCAACAGAAGCUGGUUGUGACACUGCCAAGUCAGUUUUGCUGGGUGAUGAAGCCGUGAAUGCUCUAGUUGCCCUGGCUGUCCUGCCUCCGGUGAUACAAUUACUCGAGCGAAGUUCCUGUGGCUCUUCAUGCGACUCUGCGGUGGACACUGGAGUUUUUACAUUCUCUUUGGUGAACAACAGUAAUAAAAAUGAUAGAAGAGUAGCAUUUAAAAGUUCCUUCAGAGUUCAUCAAGCAAAUAUCAACUUAUAGUGUUGUAGAUGUUCCAUUGACCUCAAUGUCAAGUAGUCUUCUUUUUUACUUCAGGCCACUUGACCAAGUCCCAGAUUCAGUUUUGACAGAAGAAAGACUCUGUAUCGGUGAUGUAUUUGUCAGUUGAUCCUUCAUCAGCUUGUCCGGAGCUACCUGCAGUUUUUUUUAUAGUGGUGAACUCUUACACAUGUUUGUCAUGUUGCUUUGUUACUCUGGUGAAGAAGAAAAAUAGUAUUGAAGUUUCAUUUGAA